UGUCAUAUGUGUGUUAAUGUUUAUUUGUAGGUGUUGUCGCCAUGGCGGCAGAUUUAGAUGUGGUGAACCUGUUUGUCAUUGCUGGAGCAACACUAGCUGUUCCCAUUCUGGCCUUUGCUGCUUCCUUCCUGCUCUGGCCCUCCGCUCUCAUUAAAGUUUAUUACUGGUACUGGAGGAGGACUCUGGGUCUGCAGGUACGCUACGCAGAAUGUGGUGGUGGUGGAUAUCGCUUCUGCUUCUCGUACAGAGGAAAACCCGGGAUGAGACCGUCCAUCUUAAUGCUGCACGGCUUCUCCGCUCACAAAGACACAUGGCUCACUCUUAUUAAGUAUCUACCAAAACAUCUGCAUCUUGUGUGUGUGGACAUGCCCGGCCACGAGGGAACCACACGCACCAACACAGAGGAUUAUUCCAUUCAGGGGCAAGUCAGGAGGAUCCGUCAGUUUGUGGAAACCGUUCGCUUGAACCGGAAACCUUUCCAUCUGGUGGGAACCUCCAUGGGGGGAAGCGUAGCCGGGGUUUACGCAGCGUCUUAUCCGUCAGAAAUCUGUAGUGUGACGCUCAUUUGUCCAGACGGCAUCAGACACCCGUGCGAGACCAAAUUUGACAAUCACCUGCAGGAUCUGGAGCACAGCAACUAUUCAUUAAACAUUCCUCUGAUCCCCACAACACCUGAAGAGAUGGAGGACAUGUUCAGACUUUGUUCCCAUGUUCGCUUCAGAAUCCCUCAGCAGAUUCUCCAAGGACUGGUAGAUGUUCGACAACCUCACAACACAUUUUAUCAAGAAGUAUUUAUGGAGAUCAUUGGUGAGGAGUCAAGAUAUGCCUUACAGGAUCAUUUACAUCUGAUCACUGCACCCGUUCAAGUUAUAUGGGGCAAACAAGACCAGGUGGUGGAUGUCUCUGGGGCCUCAGUUAUUGCAGAAGCAUUGCCUGGUUGCAGAGUGGACCUGCUGGAGAACUGCGGUCACUCAGUGGUGAUGGAGAGGCCGUGUCGCACCGCCAAGCUCAUCCUGCAGUUCAUCAUUUUGCAGCAAGACGCUAGAGGCUGCACAAAGAAAUCUUCCUGAGCAAAAGACUUAUUUUAUGCAUGAAUACACAGAUGUCCACACUUGAAAUGAAUGUAGUAGGCAAUGUUUGUAGUCGUACACAUACAAGGAAUUUCCUACUUGUAUUACUUACUUGUAUAUUGUUUGUUUGUUUUUUAUCUAUUGUUGAGCUGCUGUAACGCCGUUUUCUCUCCACUGUGAGAUAAAUAAAGCUAUCUUCUUCAAUAUGACUUGGUGCUUUGGUGCAUUUAAAUAGAAUAAAAUAAAAUAAAAACCUAAGAUGUAAAAAAAUGUAUAAAG